CGUGCGGCGUGGAGGUGCUCCUGUUUCUUACCAGUUACUGUACUGUACCAGUUACCAUCCACCGCCGCCUCUCUCCCUCCUCCAACAGAAGACCCCAACCCCUCGGCAUGGCGUCGUGGAUCCUGGCCCGAUCCAAAGCCCAUCCCCUCGCGGCCGCCCUCACCCGCGGCGCCGCCUACGCAGCGCCGCCGAUCGCCGGAGCCCGGGCGCUCUCGUCCCUGCCCCACUACCCGUCCGCCCCCUCCUCCCAUGGGCUCGGCAAGGUUCUGGGAUAUGAACCAACAUCUCACGUCAGUGGAGCACAAGUUUUACCUCGUUGGUUUUCCUCUCUACCGUCCAAUGGAUCUCAGGUGCAGAAGUCACGGAUCUCUGAGACAUACAACAAGUCGGGUGGUGAAAUGAAGCAGUCGGAUGCACGGAAAUCAAGUGAGGAAGCCACACCCACACCAAAGGUUGUGGCCUUCAGCCCGCAAGAAGCAGCUAUAGCUGAACCCAGAAGUAGUCCCCUGACAAUUGAGAGUUGGAAAGUAAGGCGGUCAGAGAUAGCAACCAAAGUCACCUUCUACAUGAUCCCAGCUCUGCUUCUCGUCUCCAAGAACAGCAUGAGUACCUCUCUUCUGGUCGGGGCCGUGUUCCAUCAAGUGUACAUGUUCCAGAAGGAGAUUCUCCUGGACUACGUGCACCAUGAUAUCACCAGAAAGUGGGCUUUGAUAUACCUGAAGCUGCUUGUGCUGGUGAUGGCGAAGAACACCAUCAUGUACUUUCAUCCGUUCUAAGCUCACCCACCGUGUCAGUUCCUCAAAUAUCCGAGCUCAGAGAAUAAUGGUGGUGGACGAAUUCUGGAGCCCUCGUUCGUGUAUUCCCCCUCAUGAGCUUGCUUCUUGCCAUCUCCUUUUUUUUUCCUGCUGCAAGUUGGUUCCUCUCUCUUGUUAAGUAUAAUUCAUCAGCCUGAGGGGUUGAUUAGUGACCAGUCAGAUGACAUCCCUGAUUCUGCACCUCAGUUUGCAAUUGCAAUAACGGUUGAUCCAUAGUUGAUAUGGAUCGUGCAGCUAAAUGUUUACUGCUGUUAUGAUCGCCCGUUUAAGUUCUCAACAGUUUUUAUGCCAUGUGCUUAUCAUGGACUGCCAGCAUGUUUGCUUUCCUGCUGCAAAAAACCUUGGUGUUUUGAAUUUUUGAAUGCAUGUGUAGCUGAUUCAAAAUAAUUGGCAAAUGUGCGUUGAAUUGAA